CACCCCUCCAGGGUCGAGCCCAGCUCCACCCCGGGCGUCGAAGACUCGGCCGGGCCGUCCCCUGAGUCGCCGGAGAUGGAUCUCGUCGACCUGCUGAAGCUUUCCGGCGGCGGCCUCUACGGGCCCUCCAAGAUUCUAUUCACGAUCAAGGAAGAAGAGAAGGAGGAAAUGGAAUCUGUUUGCUCUAAUUCGGCGGAGAAGGGUCCGGAGUGGAAAUGCGACGGUGGCCGGAGGAGUUUGGAGGACUGUUUCCAGAUCGAGCAGGGGACGCCGGAAAUUAAGCCGGCGGUGGUUUGUUCGACGGCCGAUCAUUGCUGUGUGAAUAUAGAAACGACGCCGUUCGCCACUCCAUGCGCCUCGCCGUCGUAUUUCACCCCAUUGGCCUCGCCUGGCCGUGGACUUCCAAUUAACUCGCCGCCGCCGGCACCUGACGUUUAGGCGGCUUACCUCAUGAAUAGUCCUCCGUAUUUAAUUUUAUUUAAAUUUUGCCAUUUGGCCAUUAAUUUUCUUUUAAUCCCUCUUUGACAAUUACUAAUAAUUUCCUAAUAUUUCGUUGGUUCAUGUCAUUGGAUAAAAAGAAGUCUCAUAUUUAAAAAAGUGUAGUUUGUUUAAAAAUUCUGCUUAUUUGUUUGUAUUAGUAUUAACUAGUUUGAAUUAGUAUUUGAUUUGACGAUUUUAAUUAGUCUGCAGCCCCUUUCGGACUAAAGUAUUAACUUGGUAAUCGUAAAAUUUAAAACUUUUCAAACACUUUUAUUUAUCAUAAUAAUAUUUUUUUAUAUCACAAACAGUACAGAGUUUUCAAUAUUGCGGAAGCUUAACAAAUCAUAAUCACAAACAUAAUUUAUUUAUAUUCUUUAAUUCAAAACCAUCACAUCCAUUCCGACAAUCUCGCCUCCGUCUGCCUCCAAGAUCACGUCACAUCAUUCUAUUGACCUGCGUGUAGUAAAUAAAACACACUACACGCUCAGCGUAUCCUUAAACUAUUCUUAGUCUAAGGCCAAUCACUUUAAUAUUUGUCAACCCUUAAAUGAAUUCUAGUUUAACUAAUUAAACUAUAUUCCAGUAUACAGAGUACUCCUAAUAAUCCUUAAGCUAGGCCUAGUUUAAGAUAAAAGGGUUUUGGAAAU